GAGUUGACCAACACCUCGUACGCUGAGUACUCGACCAACUGGGCUGGUGCUGUCCUCAUUGGUACUGGAUACAAUUCCGUUACUGGAACUGUGACCGUCCCUAAGCCCAGCAUUCCCAGUGGUGGCAGCUCCAGGACCACUUACUAUGCCUCUGCAUGGGUUGGUCUUGAUGGCGACACUUGCGAGACUGCCAUCCUCCAGACUGGUAUUGAUGUCGGAGUUCAAGGUACCUCGUACAUCUACGAGGCGUGGUACGAGUGGUACCCUGAUUACUCUUACACAUUCACUGGAUUUGCUAUUUCUGCUGGCGAUUCCAUCAGAAUGACCGUCGCGGCCACCUCAAAGACCGCUGGAAAGGCUACCAUUGAAAACUUGACCACCGGCAAGUCCACCAGCCAUUCUUUCAGUAGCCAGACGGCGAGCCUGUGCGAGACCAAUGCCGAGUGGAUUGUGGAGGACUUCCAGUCCGGCAGCAGUCUUGUGCCCUUUGCCAACUUUGGCGAGUUCGUCUUCACCAAUGCCAAGGCCACUACGACCAGCGGCAGCACUGUCGGCGUUUCGGGAGCCACCAUUAUCGACAUUCGCCAGAACAGCAAGAUUUUGACCGACUGCGGAACUUCUGGAACCUACAGUGUCUACUGCGACUAC